UUGCCGUAUAGAGAGAUGCAGAGAUUGGUGAAAUUAGGUGAGAGAAGUCUGAUGGGUGAGGAUAUGCCACGAGAGAGAGAGAGAGACUAAUGGGUGAGGAGAUGCCACGCUCAUCUUCUUCAAGCUUGACACUUGACCGUCGACAUGGCCGAGUCUGCAACUCGGCUAGCUCCACGAACGAGUCCUGAAUCCGGAUCGUCUCCCCGUAACCCCAACGACCCCCACCAGUCUUCAACUCUUGUCUCGCCAUCGCCCACGAAAGCUUGUAGCCUUCUACUAUUACUCUCUACAACUACUACUGCUACGUGAGAGGAGUUAGAGAGAGAAAAACCUCCAAAGUAGUACGAGACAAAAAAAAAAUGUCAGAGGAAGGGGAGGAGAAGAGACCAAUGGUGGAAAUCAACAAUCUCAAGUUCACAUAUCCCGGCAUCGAUGGCCAUCCUCCACCUGGAUCAACCCCUUUGAUCGAAGGCUUCUCUCUGUCUCUCAAUUCCGGCGAACGUUGCCUUCUCGUCGGUUCUAAUGGAGCUGGAAAAACAACAAUUCUGAGAAUACUUGGAGGGAAACACAUGGUGGAGCGUCACAUGGUUCGUGUUCUCGGCAGAUCUGCCUUCCACGAUACCGCCUUGACGUCGUCCGGCGAUCUCUGUUAUCUCGGCGGAGAGUGGAAGCGAGAUGUUGCAUUUGCUGGCUUUGAGGUUUCCAUUCAAAUGGAUAUUUCUGCUGAGAAAAUGAUAUUUGGGGUUUCAUGUGUCGAUCCUCAAAGGAGAGCCGAACUCAUUAAGGUGUUAGAUAUUGACCUGUCAUGGAGAAUGCACAAAUCAUCUGAUGGUCAGAGAAGACGAGUUCAAAUUUGUAUGGGUCUCCUCAAACCAUUCAAGGUUCUUCUCCUUGAUGAGAUAACAGUUGACCUUGAUGUGCUAGGAAGAGCUGACCUUUUGAAAUUCCUCAGAAAGGAAUGCGAAGAGCGAGGUGCUACAAUUAUAUAUGCAACCCAUAUAUUCGAUGGCCUUGAGGAUUGGCCAUCACAUAUUGUUUAUGUUGCUCAUGGGAAGUUACAAUUAGCAAUGCCAAUGCAGAAGGUUAAGGAGAUGAGCAGUUUGUCGCUUAUGAGAACCGUGGAGAGUUGGCUGAGGAAGGAGAGGGAUGAAGAGAGAAAGAGAAGGAAAGAAAGGAAAGCGAGUGGUCUUUUGGAGUUUGAAAAGCAAGUAGAGGGAAGUCGAGUGAUUGGGGACCCUGCUCGUAGUGGUGUUCGUGCAAUGAAUAAUGGUUGGGCCGCAGGGAGGCUUCACUCUACUAUAGCAGGUGAGGAGAAUUUCUUCUACAGCUCAAACAGCAUUCUGAGGCAGUAGUGGUUUUAGCACACAACAAAUCCAUCAGUAGACUGGUCUCAAUGGAAUUGUGCCUUUUAGUGUUUACAUACUGCUAUUGACGUUGAAAAA